UUACCGCCAAAAUCCAAAGUUUGACUGCUUCCAACGUUUCAGAAAUGGAAGACCUCACGUCAGCUUAACUGAUGAUGCCCACUUCCCACUCUUCUCUCUCCCACUCUAUUGCCACCUAACUAAAACUUACUCAAGAAUCUGCUCUAUAUAUACACACACUCAUGCACAGUCUGCUGUCAAAGAGAGAGAAUUCAUCACUCCUACACUUGUAUCUCUACAAUGGCUUCUGCAGCAGCUGCCUCAAAACACUUCAACAAUGUGUUCUUCUCCGCUGUUCUUGCAGCCGCCAUGGGGCCAGUGCUCAUCUCUGGCUUCCAGUUUCAGGUUGGAGAAGUGAGAGGGUGGACGAUACCAACCGGAAAGGAGCCGGAGACAUAUAAUGAAUGGGCUGCCAAGAACAGAUUCCAUAUUGGAGAUACACUUUAUUUCAAGUACCAAAAGGACUCAGUUCUGGUAGUGACCUCUGCUGAUUACUCAAAAUGCAGCACAUCAAAUCCCAUUUCCAAGUAUGAAGAUGGAAACACGGUUUUUCAGUUGGAUCGACCUGGGUUCUUCUACUUCAUCAGUGGGCAGCCUGGUCACUGCAAGUUAGGGCAGAGGGUUAUAGUUCGUGUGAUGCAUCCGUCCGAAGUUGAGGCUCCGGAGCUCGCACCAUCACCGGGCAGUGAUGGAGGACCGGUUGGAGAUAGCGGCUGGGAAUCAUAUGAUUGGGGCACGUUGGGUGUUAAUUCCACCACAAAGCUCUUUGUUGUUUCCUACUUUAUAACUGCUUUUGUGGGCCUUUUUGUCGUGCUCUAUAUUUCCGUGUUGGAUUUUAGCUAGGAAUUUGGAUCAUUGUUUAGUUAUACUUAGAUUAUGUUACUUUUGGCGUUUGGUUCUUGACAUUUUUGCUUGUAAUUGGUUUGAUGUUGGGUUUUUCUAAUUUUGAUGAUUUUAUG